ACAUGAGUGCGCAGUCUUAACGGCCACAGGAGCGCAUUGGACGGAUUAGAGGAGCGGCGGCGAGGGUCAUCGGUUGCGAAACUUCUCUCAUCCYGCCGUCCGCUCUGACUACAGUUUGGGACUGAGCUGAGCUGCAUGCAUAAUAACACGGCACCUAGAAUUGGAUACAUUUGCGCGCUGUCUUCCUCGCUUUAUCUGAAGCGAGGCAUUCUGGCGAUGACAGCGUAAAAACACGUGGACCAAGGGUUCACUGUAAGAGUAUAUUGAUGGAACGUAUCUCGUGGUUUGUUUCUUUAUGGCGCUCAAACUAAACUUUUGAGAAAAGUUAUUUUUUUUAAACGCUGCUACGUUUGUGCAGAGGGGAGAUAGCGAUGUCAUCUGGACAAGGAAUACUGAACGUCUUCUCCUGCUCCAUUCCAGCCUCCAAAGCCAUCUCCAAAAGGAAGUUGCGACAAACUCGGAGCCUGGACCCUGAUAUUAUAAGGAAAUGUGGCACAGAGACAGAUGGAACCCAUGGGGACCGCUUGGGUUUACCGGGUUUGCGCGUUGAGGAGGCAGGUGCGUUUUCAUCCUCGCCAAGCUCCCCUGAGCACCCGGUUGCGUUGAAAUUAGAUCCCCGUUCCAAAAAUCUCAGGGUGAAACAACCCCUUUCGUCUUUAUCUGGUCCCUCCACACCCUUGGACCUCUCCCCGACAUCAAACUUUCCCUUUGACUAUGACGUGUCUGUGAGGGGCACAAAGCGGAAUACCGCGUGGGAUUUACCGUUUCUGGUGAGGAGCCCCAGCGUCACUCCAACUGGGAGCACGAACACAUUAUUCUCACCGCGGAGAUGGCUUCAGAAGAAGCAGCRACAGUCCAGUUCUCACGCCUAUGUCGUUUGGAAGUCGGAGGGUGACUUCACCUGGAACAGCCUGUCAGGGCGGAGUGUACGGCUGACGCCGACGGCCAUCCAGAGCCUUUCGGAGCUGGAGCGGACCUGGCUACAGGAGGUAGCCUUCAACAGGCUCCAUCAAGACUAUGACCUGGGCUGUCAGAUCACCAUCCCCAAAGAUGGACAGAAAAGGAAGAAGUCGCUGAGGAGGAAGUUGGACUCUUUGGCGAAAGAGAAAAAUAAAGAUAAAGCUCUACUGGAGGCAGAACCAGGGACCGGCGUGAGCCCGAAGACUCACACAACCUCUACCUUCGAUGUUGUCGAAAUGCGAGGAGGACUUGUGCCCCUAAAACUGGACGACACAGAGGUGGGGGGCAUGUCGGUGGACUCCAUCACAGACCUGGAUGAUAACCAAUCCCGCCUGUUGGAGGCGCUGCAGCUCUCUCUGCCCGCUGAAGCRCCCAGCAAGAAGGAGAAGCACCGGGACAAGAGGCUGAGCCUCAACCCUAUCUACAGACAGGUGCCUCGCCUGGUGGACAGCUGCUGCCAGCACCUGGAGAAGCAUGGUCUUCAGACGGUGGGGAUAUUCCGAGUGGGUAGCUCCAAGAAGAGAGUGAGGCAGCUGAGGGAGGAGUUUGACCGGGGAGUGGACGUCCAGUUGGAUGAGGAGCACAGUGUCCACGACGUGGCCGCGCUGCUCAAGGAGUUCCUCAGAGACAUGCCUGACCCUCUCCUCACCAAGGAGCUCUACACUGCCUUCAUAAACACCAUGUUGCUGGACUGUGAGGAGCAGCGGAGUGCCACCCAGCUCCUGGUUUACCUGCUGCCAGCCUGUAACAGCGACACCCUGCAUCGCCUCCUGCAGUUCCUCUCUACCGUGGCCAACCACGCCCACGACAGCCAGGACAAAGACGGACAGGAGGUGACGGGGAACAAGAUGACCUCUCUGAACCUGGCCACCAUCUUUGGUCCCAACCUCCUUCACAAGCAGAAGAGUUCAGACAAGGAGUUCAGUGUGCAGAGUUCGGCCCGCGCGGAGGAGAGCACCGCUGUCAUCGCUGUUCUCCAGAGGAUGAUCGCAACCUUCCACUCCCUCUUCAUGGUGCCCCCAGACCUGCAGAAUGAGGUCCUGAUGAGUUUACUAGAGACUGAUCCUGAUGUGGUAGACUAUCUGCUCAGGAGAAAGGCAUCACAGAGUCCAGACGUGUUGCGAUCGGAGGAUCCUUUCUCCCUGAGCGAGAGGCGCUCCUCCAGUGACUCCAACAAGGUCUCCAGUGGAGAGCUGUCCCCCUAUGACAACAACUCCCCCAUUCUGUCUGAGCACCCGGGGGAAGGGACCAGCCCAGGGUCAGAACAGUACACCCUGGUGAGGCAGGUGGCAGGACGGACACGGGACACCCAUGGGUCCAAUCCCUGGGUCUCAAAAGAGGAGCAUGCUAAUAUCUGGGGAGCUUGGCAUUCCACACUGAAACCAGUGCUGAAGGACCAGCCUUAUGCAGGUUCCCAUAGCAACAUGUCAGAGGGCAGCUCACGCAGCUCCCAGGAAGGACUUGACUGUCUCCAAGGCGAUGCCAGGCAGGUGGUACGACGGACACAGACCUCGCUGGGCGUGGCCGAAUGCAGGCCCCAUCCCCCUGUGACACGGGUCUGUAGCAGCCCUCACAGCGAGGCGGGACGGCCGCGCCUCCUGCUGAGCCUCAACCAUGUGACCCCACCCCAUCCGCACCCCGACAGCCAAUCAGCAGCCAGCAGCGCAGAGGACCUCCCCCAGGGCAUUAGACACCAGGCUAUCCCCAGCCCUAACUACGCUCACUCGGGUCCGCCCCCUCCCCCUUAUGGCGGCUUGUCCUCCAGGCUCUCCCCCGCUGCCUCUAAACCAGCCCAGCCUGUCUCCCCCUCCCCCGCAGCACCCCCUCACCAGCACCCCCUGCAGGGUGGGAGGCCAAUGGUGCCACAGAACUCAGCCUCCCCCACCACGGACAGCAUGGUACCCAUGAGCCAAGAGUGGCAGGACUGGCAGAGGGACAGAUGGCAGAUCUGGCAACUCUUGUCCUCGGAAAACGCAGACACACUCCCAGAGACACUGGUGUAAGCUGGACCAUAGGACCGUGGGGUAGUGUUAGCCAUCCCUCCCCUCUGUCCUCCCCUCCGUCCUUCCCCCCCAAACAUGGGCGCCAUGGGGUUGUUUACAUGUGCAGCUGCUGCCUAUACUACAGACUUGGUACAGAGUCACUAGUGUUUCCUGCUUGCUAUGUAUUGAUCCGCAAUUGAUGUUGUAUCCUGGUCACUCCUUUGCAUGUUAUUAAAUAUUCUCUCUGAGCUGUUUCAGAGAGGAUCAACAUUAAACUGUCAGCAAAACAUACCUCAAACGUCAAGUUUAUCAAUUUGAUUCACAAUUAUUAUUAUUGCAUGUCCAUAUUUCGAUAAGGCCCCAGUUUAAAUUGAGCCGAAUGAAAUAUGUAGAAGUGACUUUUGAAGAUAGGAAGGUUUAACGUUUGACAACAAUUUGAUAAGCUACAGUCAAUUUACAUGACCAAUCUACCCUUAUAUAUUUACUGAAGUCAUCACAUAUAUUAGUGAUCGCUGCUAGUAUUCAGAAGGUAUUUACUUGCCGAUAAUAUAUCCCGGUAAGUAGCGUACACGUUUGUAUGAACAGAGUUUUAUUCAAUGUCAGUCACCAAGUAACAGAGCCCAUAGUACAGUUUUGCAACAGUUUGUAUAUAAGCAUUAUAAUGUAUUUUAUGUCGACCUAGCUAACAUUUUUUUUACUGGUUGUCUAAAUGUUUGUGUUGUGUGGUUUUAACUCGGUUUAAUAAGAUAACGUCUGUCAAAGCUUUACUGAACCAAGUUGGGUUCUAAAAGACCAGUACUGUGUCAAAGUUCUUUAAUUCCUUUACUCUCUUUUCAUCAAAUGUUUUCUGGGCGUCUAUAAAGUCUCAUCUGCUUUCUCUCUUUUAGUAGUUGACAUUGUUCUUUUAGCUAUUGGAUUUCACUUCACCAUGGUUGCUACAGCAUGGCUUAUCUUACAAGCUCAUAUCAACAUAAUUCAUUCCAAUGAUUCUCUCAUUCCAUUAGGUGGUUGAUGUCAAGGUUAUGGCUGCAUAGGAAUAUUUUUGGAAGCAGAUUAAAAAUACAGGUUCAUUGCUGGCCUGACAGGUUCAUUGCUGGCCUGACAGGUUCAUUGUUGGCCUGACAGAUCAUUGCUGGCCUGACAGGUUCAUUGCUGGCCU